UUAAAGUUUCCUCUAAAUUUUCUAUUAAAUUGUACAAUGUCUGCAUCACUCGAUUCAAACUUAGAUCCAAUGGAAGAAAUACGCUUCCGAAAAAAACAUGGUGCUUUGUGGAUAGAGAUUCAGAAGGAAACACACUUUAGUUUUGACGAACUUGAACAAAUUAUGGUAAUAUUUUUCAAGAUUCAAAAGCGUGAUGAGAAGCCGGCGGCAUCCGACUUGAUAUCGAGGGCACAUUUUAGAGACGUACUGCAUACUGGCCUGGGGAUGACAGACUCGUAUAUGAUGGAGCGGGUGAUGGUAGCCUUAGACCGUGGUACUUCACCGUUCGUUACCAUGGCAACUUUUGCGAAAGCUAUAUCUCUCUACUUGAGAGGAACAUUGGAGGAACGAAUUUCCUACGCGUUUACGUGCUAUGACUUGCUCGGUGAAGGGUAUUUAAGAAGGGAAACGAUGUAUCAAUGUAUGAAGAAAAGCAUCGCCAAGGCUUCCCGGGAUGACGAUGUCGAGGAAGCUGUCAAGGAGUUUGUGGAUAUUAUGUUAAAACGCAUGGACACAGAUGUAGAUGGCGUUAUCAACUUCGAUGACUUCCACAAGUCAGUGACGAAAACACCUGCAUUGUUGGAAAGUCUCGGGUAUUGUUUGCCGGAAAGGCCUGCUGUUUAUGCCUUCUUGGCUACCUGGUGUCCUAAUUGGGCCAAAAUGUAGGCUUAAGUUGCUUAAAUUGCCUAACAAUAUCUGUUAUAUGGUUAUCACGUCAUUACAAAUACAUUGUAGUCUGAAUAAAUUACUUUCUAGUCAAUUAUAAUUUAUUAGCUACAAAAUCAUAUGUUUU